AUGGAAACUACCGAAUCUCCCUCUACUGAGAGCUUUUCAUAUAGUUGGCUAGCUAAUUUCCAGUCAUCGAUUUUCAACGAUUCAUUUCGAUCCUCUAUUGACGGUCCUGAUCAAGAUGAUCAAGCUUCUUUCAUUGAAAUGGAUCCAAGAUUACCACCUUCAAAAAGAUUUUUCAGAGUUCCACAAGAUUUUAGCUUUGAUUUUCCCAUAUCAGAACCUCCUCUAUCCCUUGUUCAUGCUGAUGAACUCAUUUCCAAUGGCUUCCUUACGCCUGCUUUUGUCAAAGAUUUGAAUAUGGAAAUUGAAAAAUAUGAUGCUCAAAACUCCUCCAUAUCAACUACGCCUACGCCCUCUAGCAGUAGGGUUAGUCGUGCUGAUGCCGCGUUUUUCUGUAGUGCUUUGAGAAAAUGUAAGAGAUUAUCGAAGCAUUUGCUUCGAAAAUAUUUGAAUGUUUUUAAGCUGAUCUGUCAAAGAAUGAGAGGGAGUCGUUCUAGACUUGGGAGUAGUAGUAAUAUGAAAAUGCAUGAACUGAAUGGCUGGGAUUUUUCACAGGCUACAUCUCCAAGAACUAGUGUAGCUUAUUCUGCAGAUAAUUGGCGCCGGUCUUGUGAUUCUGAGAGCUCCAUUUAUGAAGCAGUUCUUCACUGUAAAAGAACCCAAGGUACGUUCAACUAUCUCAUCUAA